AUGCUCAGUAUCACCUGUGGUCACCGACACUCAACCACACGAGUUGGCAUGUCCUUCUUCACAGUAGUCCAUGCUAAUUUGAUCUGCCCACAACCCCUACCUCAUGUGACCAGCUUUUCCUACUUUAAUGGUCAGGAAUCAGUUGUGGAAGAGGAGCGUCAAGUUUUGUUACCAAAAAAGCAGAAAAAGAUAAAUAGGACAGAAGUCGUCGGUUCUUUGUAUGAAAGUUCAUCGCUGAAAACUUUAGGAUUUAAAUAUAAUGGUAUGGAUCAUGCAAGUGCCCAAAACAAUCCAGAAAGUGCUACAAAUGUAAAGAGAACUACAAUAUUACCUGCAACUGUAGAAAAUUAUUUAGCAGUUGAAGAUGAUCCAGUUAAAACAUCCAAACUUAAGAAGAAAGAUCAAAUAAAUGAAGCUACCUCUGAGCAGAAUCAUUCUUUGGCAUAUGACAAUAAGAGACCUAUUGAAAAAUUAUCUGAUGAUGACUCUUCUGCCAAAGAACCUGAGAAGAUUUAUCCUGAAAGCAAACGAAAUAAAGUGUCAGAAGAAGCCAAAGAGAAAAUAUCUGUUCUUCCAAGGAAACGUGGACGACCACCACUGUCUAGUAAAUUAAAGGCUCUUAAGUCGGUCAAACGUCGGGGUCGACCACCAUUGCUUGGGGCAUUGAAAGCUAAAUUACAGCAGAGAGCAGUGAAAUCUCAGCGGACUUACGCCAAACACAAACUUCCAUCUGCAUCAUCCAAUCUUCCCAAACGACGUGGUAGGCCGCCCAAGAAUCCAAAUGCACCUUCUUUAGUGUCCGCUCCCAAACCUAAAAUCCCCAAACUGACUGAUGAGGAAUUACUCAAAGUGAAGCUGAACAUCCCGAGGAGGCGUGGCCGACCAAGUAAAGCAGAGGCAAUGUUGCGAGAAAUGGCUGUAGCCCAUUUGGCUGCAGCUGAGAAAGCCAACACUGAUGCUGGCGAAGUCAAUAUUGGCCUCGGCCUCACUAUCAGGCCAAGGCCAGCGAGGAAACAAAGCUCCGCUUCACGGCACCACUGCCAACGUCAACAACCCGUGUCUGCAGAAGAUACAGGAUCAUAUACAACCAAAAAAAUAAAGACGGAACCUGUUUCUUCAGAAGAGUCUACAUCAGGUGAUGUAACUGUAGCUAUCAAUAAUUUGGAGAAAGAUGUUAAAGUUGAAACCAGUACAGAAAUAUCAGAAGAUAGUUUAACACCUGCUACAUCAUCAGCGUUUGAUAAUGGGCAACGCAAAAGAAAACCUAUUAAAAAGUAUGUAAAGACUGAUCCCGAUUAUGUUAACAAUAGGAAAUAUGCAUAUAAUAGGACUGAGGACACUACAACUGAAGUUAAUGUAACAAAGGACAGUGCUGAGGAUGAAAAUGGGAAUGUGCCUGCAAAUCGCAGCCGUCCCCUUCUCUUGAGAAAUGUCAAAAAGAAUAGUAAACCCUUACCAACAUUCACAGAUUCUGAAGACUCUGAAGUCGAAGAAUCUAAUGAUGUGGAAUACAAAACUCCAAAGCAGCGAGUGACUAUAGCGAAAGUGAAGCCUACUAUGAAGAUAUGCAGGCCUGUAAAUGUUCCCCCUACUGGCCAGUUGAUGCCACCGAUUUACAAUGUGCCUCGAGUUUUGUUGCCACCCAGCAUCAAAGACACUGGAAUCCCUUGCAAAAUGUGUGGAAAGGUUCACACUCGGGAUCACUUUUUUAAGUAUAUGGAAUUAAAGUCUACUGAUCAACCACACCGUUGUCCACUCUGUGGCCAAUAUUUCACAUGGAGUUGUCUGUUCAUUGAACACAUGAGAAGCCAUCCAGAGAACACUGCUCAGUACCGGUGUGAAUACUGUAAUGCUGUCUCUCGGAAGAUCUCAGCUUACUUCAACUGCCGGAUCACGCAUUCUCCACCUUCCCCAGAAUGGCUUGAACUACAAAAGACAUGUGAUGAGUAUCUUGCCACUUUGAAUGCAGCAAAAGAGAAGAAAAAUAAUCGGUAUACUAAAAUGAUUACAAACAAAGUUGUGAAACCUGAAGUGAACACUUCAGCAACAGUAUCUAAAAAUAAUUCUGUGAAUGUGAAUGAAGCAAAGGAUAAAAAUGCUCACUUUCCUAAUCCUAAAAUAACCCCAAACAAAGUUGUCAAGACUGAAGUAAGUAGCAAAACAAUAGAAACUAAAGAUUAUCUUGUAAAUGUGAAUGAAGCAAAAGAUAAAAAAAAUGCUCGAUGUAAUAAGAUAACACCAACCAAAGUUGUUAAGCCUGAAGUAAGUAAUACAACAGCAGAAAUUAAAGAUGUGCAAGAAAAACUUCAGAUGAAUGUUGGAAAAACAAAAAGCAGAAGUUCUGGACGAAAGAACCUCACCUCCAAAAAACCAUUUGAGUGUAAAGUAUGCCGAAAGACAUUUCUUACUUUUGAUUUCCUCACAAAACACAAACAACUGCACAAAUCAAAGCGUCCUUACUCCUGUAAGAAAUGUGGCAAGCGAUUUGCUACCCGGGCAUACUUUACAGUACACAAGCGCACCUACCACAGCGAUAGUGAGAAAACACUCAAAUGUGAAGUGUGUGGAUUAGUCUUCUCCUACAUUCUUGCUUACAACAAUCACCUAAAUCGGUUAGGACAGUUGUCAGAAGAGGAACACCGAAAGCGGUCACUGCAGCCUCAUGUCUGCCAUAUCUGUCAGCGAGGGUUUAAGAUCAAACAGUCUUUGGUAAACCAUGUGCGCACACACACAGGAGAACGGCCAUUCAUCUGUGAAGUUUGCAACAAGGGUUUUACCCAAACUGGCAGCCUUGACAGACAUCAGCGUAUUCACCAGCGAGACACUCGGGAGAAACCUCGGCGUCAAGAGAAGAACUAUUCGUGCAAACCAUGCAAGAAAACCUUUACUUAUGAAAUGGCAUAUCAUAAUCACAUGAGAAGUCACUUGGAAGAGAAUAGGUUUUCCUGCGACUUUUGUGAACAAAGCUUUCCAACUGCUCAACUUUUGAAAACUCAUAAACACAAUGAGCAACGUCCAUUUAAAUGCAAAAACUGUGGACGGUGUUACAAGCUAAAACAAUCACUCACAGAACAUAAACGAGUUUGUAGUUGCUAA